GGUCAGAGUGGAUGCUCCCAUGCGUGACGGGCCGGGAAAUUCAGAGAGCGUCUGCUUUCUCCAUAGGUGUUGAGAGUCAGACAACGGAUAAAAUGAUUUUUUUCUACAAAUGGGUAGAUUCAUAUGUGGAAUAUUAACGACAAAAAUGAUUAUAGUCACCUGUUUUCUGUUUGUUUCUUGGAUGUUAAUUUUACCUGUGAUCAAAUGCCAAGAUGAUGUAGGUUUAUUUCCAAACAUCCUGAAUUUGGCAACAAGGUCCACCAUCUCUGUCAAUGCUACCUGCGGAGAAGAGAAGAGUGAGGUGUUUUGUAAGCUUGUGGACCAUGUCAAGAUUUUCCCCUACCGGAAUUCUCACUGUGACAUCUGUGAUGCUAGAAGCCAAGAUGAAAGACGCCGUCACCCAAUCACUAAUGCAAUCAAUGGGCGGAACUCUUGGUGGCAGAGUCCAACCCUGACAAAUGGAGCCCUGCAUAAUUAUGUCACCAUUACACUGGAUCUUAAACAGGUUUAUCAAGUAGCUUAUGUAAUUGUGAAAGCAGCCAACUCGCCUCGACCAGGAAACUGGAUCUUAGAGAGAUCGAUAGAUGGUAUUACCUAUCAGCCAUGGCAGUAUUUUGGAAUCCGGAAUCGUGACUGCAAAAAAAAAUAUGGCAUUAAGGCCAGCCGCAGAAUCCCAACCUACCUCCGAGAUGAUGAAGUCAUCUGCACAACAAAAUACUCAAAAAUCUACCCUUUAGAAAACGGAGAAAUUUUCAUAUCACUUAUUAACGGUAGACCAGGAGUGAAAAAACCCAGCCCAACAUUACUUGAGUUUACAUCAGCCCGUUAUGUCAGAUUGAGAUUACAGAGGAUAAGGACACUCAAUGCUGACCUUAUGACCUUCAGGUCAACCAGUGACCUCAAGUUCAUAGAUCCAUUUGUCACAAGGAGGUACUUUUAUUCUAUAAAAGAUAUUUCAAUUGGAGGACAAUGUAUUUGUUAUGGUCAUGCCUCAUCUUGUAAACCAAGGCCAAACACCGACAGACUUUAUUGUGAAUGUAAGCACAACACAUGUGGCAAUAACUGCGAAAAAUGUUGUGAAUUCUACUACCAAAAACCAUGGCAACCUGGAAACAAUGGCCUAAAAUGCGAAAAAUGCAAUUGCCAUGGACAUUCCAUGGAGUGUGUGUACAAUGCCACUGUAGAUGCCAUGAGUCUCAGUCUGAACUCAGCGGGGGAAUAUGAUGGAGGUGGUGUCUGUAUUGACUGCAAGGAUUAUACUGCAGGCAUAAACUGUGAGCAAUGUAUAGAUGGAUAUUACCGCCCACUUGGGGAAACGCCCUACUCACGCUUUCCUUGCAGACCUUGUCGGUGUGAUGUCACAUUAGGGUCAACUGGAAAAUGUGUCCUAGAUGACUCAAUGAUGAGUGAAGGGAAGAGACCUGGAGACUGUAUAUGUAAGGAAACCUAUGGUGGCCCAACCUGUCAGGAGUGUGCCUUUGGUUACUAUGGUUAUCCCUACUGUAAGCCAUGUCCGUGUAAUGGUGCAGGCACAGUCAAUUCACAGCAGUGCAGUGGCAACUGUGUGUGCAAGGCCAAUGUUGAAGGGUUCAAGUGUGACCGGUGUAAGAGGGGUUUCUUCAACCUCCACAAGAACAACCCAGUAGGCUGUAUGCCUUGCUUCUGUUUUGGAGUGUCAUCCGUCUGCCAGUCAGCAAAUCUGGGCUUGAUCAAGAUUCCAGGAGGGGUGGGUGAUAUGUCUGAUGGAAUGAGCGGGUGGUCAGUUACUUCUGUCAGCAUCAAUGGCUUUACGUAUUUCAUACAAAAGAAUCUGGAGGGCUGGCUAGUUUACAGAGCUUACCCAGCCAACCAGAACUCGCUGAACCCUACGGAGAAUGUUGUGGUGUACUACUGGCAGGCACCACUAAAAUAUCUUCGCAAUCGGCUGACAUCUUAUGGAGGGAAUUUGCGAUACACAGUUAAGUAUGAAACUGAUCGCACUGUACCGUACCAGAGACACAUAUAUGGUGUAGAUGUGAUUAUACAGAGUGGCAAUAUGACCAUUGUGAAUGGGAAGAGUUACUUACGGGAAAAUGUUCAGGAGGAGAGAACUGUGACUCUGAAUGAGACGAGCUGGUUCCAGUUAGUUAAAAAUGACCGUUACGAGACCCUGCAGCCAAUCACAAAGAAGAAAUUUAUGAUUUUCCUUUUUAACAUAGAGAGGCUCCUGAUUCGAGCAACGUAUCAUUCCGCACAGAACACUGUGUAUUUACGAGAUGUGACAAUGGAUGCAGUAAGUGCCUUGUCCAACAGCUCAGCGACAUUGAAGACUGUGGAGAAAUGUUCCUGUCCUCGUGGGUACCAGGGCCUCUCCUGUGAAGAGUGUGAGUCUGGGUACCGCAGAGUGGGAAACAAGCUUUAUGGAGGAAUGUGUCUACCGUGUAACUGUAACAACCACGCAGAACGAUGUGACAUCAACACAGGAAAGUGUAACAAUUGCCUACAUUUUACAACGGGUGAAAACUGUGAUCAGUGUCUGCCUGGUUACUAUGGAGACCCUCGUCGAGGAACAGAGGAUGACUGUAAACCAUGUGCCUGCCCACUGCUGGAAACAACCAAUCAGUUCUCUCCUACUUGUCAGCUGAUCCCAAGAGUGGGAAACUACGACAACUACAGAUGUGACAAAUGUGCAGUUGGCUAUGUUGGAGACAGAUGUGAAAGAUGUGAUACUGGUUACUAUGGCGAUCCAACCAAAGUGGAUGGAAUGUGUCGGCCCUGUUCGUGUGGGGGAAACAUUGACACGGGUAACCCCCAGAGCUGUGACAGAGUGACAGGGGAGUGUCUGCGAUGUCUGAACAACACAGAGGGCCCGAACUGUCAGCGGUGUGUGGAGGGUUACUAUGGAACAGCGUAUAAUGGCGACUGUAAAGCAUGUAAUUGUGAUCUGAAUGGUUCUGUGAAUAGCUCCUGUGACCAGUAUUCUGGGCGGUGCAUUUGCAAGGACAGGUUUUAUGGGAGACGCUGUGACCAAUGCCAGCCUGGCUAUGGUAAUGUUGAAGAGUUGUGUGUACCAUGUGACUGUGACCCCCAGGGCUCACGGGGGUCAGUCUGUGAGAGCUUUAGUGGGCAGUGCUUCUGUAAUGUAGGCGUUACUGGUAGGAGGUGUGACAAAUGUCUGCCUGGGUACUACGGAUUCUCCUUCCGAGGGUGCGAGGACUGUCGUUGUAAUGAUCACGGAACAAAUCAGACGGACACCUGUGAUGAUGUCACAGGUGUCUGUAACUGUCUGCCCAAUGUCACAGGAUCUCGCUGUAAUACCUGCAAGGAGAAUUUCUGGGGCCUGGCUACGGGCAAUGGCUGCUCCCCCUGUGAAUGUGACAGACUGGGGUCAGUCUAUUUGCAGUGUGACCAGAGAACCGGUCAGUGUACCUGUAAAACAGGAGUGGAUGGACAACACUGCAAUCAGUGUAGAAAAGGCUACUACGGAUUCUCCAUCAGUGGUUGUAAACGGUGCCAGCCCUGUGAUAAGCCUGGACAUGUGUGUGAUUCCAUCACUGGCCAGUGUGUUUGUCCACCCCUGACAACUGGACCACUAUGCGAUAAAUGUCAACCCAAUACCUGGGGCUAUGACAGUAUCACAGGAUGCAAGCCUUGCAAUUGUGAUCUUCGGACUUCUGAAUCCAGACAGUGUGACCUGAUUACUGGGCAGUGUACCUGUAAAGCUGAUUACACAGGUAACAGGUGUGAAAAGUGCCUACCUGGAUUCUACAACCAUCCUAAUUGUCAGCUUUGUCUGUGUAGUGCUGAUGGUACUGAUUCUAGCAACUGUGACAACUCGACAGGGAUCUGUCAGUGUGACAACAGGGGGCAGUGUCCAUGUAAGGUGAAUGUAGAAACACGUACAUGUACUCGCUGUCGAGCCGGAUCCUUCAGUUUACAUAAAACCAAUCCCUAUGGGUGUACAGAGUGCUUCUGCUUUGAGCGGUCCAGUAGGUGUGAGCAGGUCCCAUACAUUUGGAAAAAGGUGACGAUUCCUGACAGAAGUGUUUCGUUUGACCCUCGUGUCACGGACAAGGUCUCCUUGAAGUACAAGUCCUAUGUUAUCAUCCCCCACAAUUCCACUUGGGCAGCUAUCCCAAAGUUCUUAGCAAGCAAACCAAUCUACUGGAGCCUGCCAGACAGCUACCUGGGUGAUCUGACAUUAUCCUAUAAUGGGAAAAUGAGGCUUGAAGUUCAGUACAAGUCGGACAGUGGAUCUUCAGCUCGAGCAGACAGCAGUCCAGAUAUCGUGGUGGUUGGAAACAACUUCCAGAUGACUUACAGGACUGUGAUUCCAUGGUCACUCAGUGGGGAGAGAUCUAUUGUGGUCAAGUUCCACCCAACAGGGUGGAAAGUUGUUGGAUUUGGGGAUGCAACCAGAAGUUUCAUGAUGAUUGUGCUACAAAAUGUUACAGAUAUUUACAUAAAGGCUGCUCCAGAUGACUCAGCCAGAUUUACCAUGUUGACCUCUGUAUCAUUGGACAGUGCCCAGCCGGGGAAUGGCAGUACAGAUAACCCAGCCCUGGGGGUGGAAAUUUGCCAGUGUCUGGAGCAGUACUCGGGACUCUCCUGUCAGGAUCCAGCAGAUGGCUACUACAGACUGAGACACAACCUGACAGCAGAUCUAUCUCAGCCGAUCCGUGUGAUCGGGCACGUAGUACCAUGUGACUGUCACAGGCACUCUGACAUCUGUGACAGGGAGACAGGAGUGUGUAAGAAUUGCCAGCACAAUACGACUGGAGUUCACUGUGAGAAAUGCCGGCCUGGUUUCUAUGGAGAUGCAACCAGAGGUUCCUCUGGCGACUGUCAACCCUGUAUCUGUCCAACUAUUGAAAACAAUUUUAGCAGCUCUUGUGAAAUUCGUCGUGGUCAGCUGAUCUGUACCAACUGUACUGAGGGAUACAUUGGGAUUCGAUGUGAAUCGUGUGCAGAAGGUUACUAUGGAAACCCGCGACAACCCAGUGGAAAGUGUCAGCCUUGUAAGUGUAAUCCACAAGGUUCUGUGUCCACUAUUUGUAAUGCUCGCGGGCAAUGUCAGUGUUUGCCUGGAAUAACAGGGGAUAAGUGUGAUGGAUGUCAGCCCAGAUAUGCUGUUGAAGACGGACAAUGUGUCUCAUGUGAUGAAGGUUGUACUGCUGACCUGAUGAGUGAACUCGAUGACCUCAGAAAUAUGACCCUUCAAGUGAACCUCACUGGUAAACUUCCUGUCCCGUGGAAUGAGCUCUGGAAAAUCAAAAAUGAAACUGACUUACUCAAGGAUGAAUUGGAGACCAUUAGGAAUGCUGAACUGGGUCAUUUGAAAAAUCAGACAAGGGACAUUGAGAAAGAGGCACAGGACUUGCUCACCAGAUCCAGGAGAGCUAAACUUAAGGCAGGACCAUUGGAGGAGAAAGCUGUCACGCUGAAGAAGAAUGCCACGGACUUAGAAGUCGAUCUCAACAACACAGUCAAAGACAUGAAAGAAUUUGUGGAGAAGUUGGUGGAUAUCGUUCAGAGUCUCUUCCACAACAAAAGUGGAAUAAACGUCACAGACGCCUUGGAGAAAGUCAGGGCCAUUUUAAAGGACAUCAAAGACAGAGAUUUCUCCAAAAAUCUACAGAGAACACUCGAUGAGAACAAAUUAUCAGAAAAGCUGUCGGAAACAAUAUUGGAUAUGAGGAACACACUCGUAAAUACCUCUGGCGUUAUGGAGGAAAUUCAGGCCAUAAUGGAGAAACUCAUGGACCUCCAGAAACAUUCCAAUGAAUCCCAGAGUCAGUCAGAUGAAGUGUUAAACAUGAUCAAUAACAUUGUCAGAAAGCAAAAUCAAACGGAGGACCUGUUGGUGGAUGUAGACCUUGUACAUGAUAACACUGUGAAGAUAUUAGGGGAUGGCCACCAGUUCAACAUCGAGUCAGCAGGGGAACUCAACCAAGCCAAGGACAACAUCAAGGAUAUAGAAAGAAAAGCAAGCAUCUUUGAUCAGAUUUUGCCAGAACUGAGAAAAAAAGUAAACAGUAGAAGUCAGAUAACAGAAGCCGAGGCCAAAGUCCGAGCUGCAGAGAGUCAUGCUAGGGGCCUGUCAGACUAUGCUGAGAAGUUGGAAAGAGAGUUCGAAAAAACCAAAGCAGAUGCUGCGGAUCCCCUGAAGGCAGCCCAAGUGUACAGCAAUAUUGUGAAGGCUGUGAAUGAGGCGGAGGAGGCCGCCAAACGUGCCAUCAAGGCGGCAGAGGACUCCAUCCAAAUUGCAGGUGUGAAGAAUAUUACAGAUGAAGUAUCUCGCUCACUUAACCGGAGCAGGGAGCUGCUCAAACAAGCCAGUAAAACCCUGAGCAAAGUUCCAGGUCUAGACAAGCAUUUAAACACUCUGAAUGAAGAUUUGCUUCGUGUGGAAAAAGAACAAGGCAUAAUCAAGCAGGGUCAUGCUGAUAUUAAGGAAGCACUAGAUCAGCUGCCAAAAGAUCUCGGAGACAGGACUGUGAAGGUUUCCAAUAACGUAGACAAGACAGCUGAUGAUCUAGAAACCUUGGAGGAAACCGUUGGAAAUGUGGAUAGUAACAUAAAGAACGAUCUUAUCCCAAAAUUUAACCGAAUUCAAGAUGUCAGCUUUGAUGGCAUAUUUGAAAGCAUAGAAAAUUCAAUCGACACAGCAGCGAAGAACGUGAAGAAGAUAGGUGACAUUGUGGAGGGGGUGGAGUCAGCGGCAAACAGAAGCAUGACAGCAGAGUCCAGACUCAACGACAAACUCAAGAUGCUGAGGGACAACAUCAAACAAGCUCGUGCUCAAGCUGAAAAGGUGAAGGUGUCUCUGUCAGCCAGCGGACAGUGUGUGAGAUCCUACCACUCCAAGUCUGUCCCUGGGGUCACCAACAAAAUCAGCUUUUCCUUCAAGACAAACAACACUACCACUGACCAGAUCAUUCUGCUGUUACAGAGGUCCCCUACAGAAUUUCUAGCAUUGGAAAUGAUCAAUGCAAAGAUUCAGUUUUCCUGGAAUGUUGGAGCAGGUGUUGGUAGUGUCACAAGUGACCUCCCCAUUCAGAAUGAGGCUAACUUCAUCAGAACCAUUGACAAGUGGUACCAUGUCAAAGCUGACAGACUUGGAAGAAUAGGAACAUUAUUGGUUAGUAAACUCUCGGAUCUGAAUGAAACCAAAAAAGUCACUGGGGUGUCCCCUGUUGGCCGAUCUUUCCUGAAGCUGGACGAGAACUCUGAACUCUAUGUGUCUGGUGUACCAUUUGGCAUAAAUAGGUCAAAAGAAUUACAUCUGUUUCAGAGGUCAAAAGAAUUGAGCAGCUCGGCGAACUUCUCUGGAUGUAUGAAUGAAAUGUACAUUGAUGAUAAGAAAAUUGGACUACAUAACUUCAAGACUUCCACUGAACAAGGCUGCUGGGGCUGCAGAAAUGUGCCGACAGCCACUGCGGAGCAGACGGGCACGUUCCACUUUGAUGGUUUUGGUUACUCCGCCAAACCUCAGAUCAGGUCCUACAGAAGCACAGAAUUUUACAUCAAGAUGGAGUUCAAAACUUUCUGGAGGGAUGCUAUCUUACUCUUCACUGGAAAUAACAAAACUGGAGAUUUUCUAUAUGUUGGUUUACAAGAUCAGAAAGUGGUUCUGCAGAUAUAUACUGGUGGCAGAAGUUAUCUUUCACUUUCCAGCAAUUUCGCAUAUAACAAUAACAAGUGGCAUACUGUUGUGUCGGAGCGGCAAGAUCUGACUGCUUACCUUCAGGUGGAUGGUACUGAUAUGAAAUAUCUCACUGCUCCUGGCAGUAACACAGGGUUAGAAAUGAAAGGGAGACCACUCUAUUUUGGAGGAAUUCCUGAAAGUUAUGAUCUGCAACCUUUUCUGAAAUGGGGAAAUAUAAAUAGAACUGGAUUCCUAGGCUGCCUUCGACAAGUCCAACUUCAGACUUUCGCUCAGGAUCUGCUGACCGGAGAAACUGUAGGGGUCACCAAUGGCUGUCCAGAUGAGGGCUACAGGACAAUAGGAUUUUAUGGCAAUGGAUUUGCCAAGUACACGGCAGCUAGCAUGCUGUUAGAUACGGCAGAUGUUUCACUGUCCUUCCGAACUACACAGAAGGACGCCCUCCUUCUCUUGGCCUAUGAUAAUGAUCAAAGGAACUUCUACUCCAUAGUGCUAUCUAAUGGUAAAGUUGAAGGAAGAUUUAGUACCAACAGUCUCCCCAAAAAGAUAACAACAUCCAAAUUAUUUAAUGAUGGACAGUUGCACAAUGUAGCCAUCCAGAAAGUUGGAAACAGGAUCACUGUGUAUGUUGAUGAUGAGGAACAGCUGGAGGAAGUUACUCUACAGCGGAAGGAAGUCAGUGUGGACCAUUUGUAUAUAGGAGGUGUUAUUAACCUCAACUUUCCCCAGGGACAAGCUAUGGCAGCCAACACACAGGGGCUGGAGGGAUGUGUCAGUGAUGUCAUCAUUAAUCAAAAAAUUUUGAACUUGAAUACCCCCCUCCAGUUUGAAAGAGCAGACAUAGGAAGGUGUAGAUUGCCAACUAAUGGUGUUCCAGUCGGCUUAGAAGAUGCCCAAACCUCAAAGAAAAAAACUACCACCACCACCACUACAUCAACCACACCGACAACCACCAAAGUCCCCACUUCUGCAGCCACCACAUCUAUUGCACCAAAUUCCUGUGCACAGACUCCAGAUUUACAGCAAAAUAUUUUUUCACUGAUAUUUGGGAAUUCAGAAAAAAGUCACGGGAAAAUUGUAAUUGAUCCUGCAGAGGUUCAAGAAUCAUUUGAGAUCUCCUUUGACUUUCGUACAUUUUAUGACGAUGGGGCUGUAUUUCUGCUGACCAAUAAGAACAACACAAAAUAUGUCGCAGCCCAAAUAAGAGACGGAUCUGUUUCGGUGUACUGGACAAAUAAUGGUGGAAAGGCAAAAAAGUUCAUCUCCUCAAAAGUUGUAACAAAUGGACAGUGGCACACAGCCAUCAUUUCUAAAGAUCGACGUAGAAUCAGCCUUGUGGUGGAUGGGAAGUUGGAAAUGGAUAAACGGAAGAUUACCAAGAAAUUAUCCGUAAUAUCUCCUCUAAUUGUUGGAAGUAUUAUGGAUAUAUCUAUUAGUAACAAUGAUAUGGUAAAGCACAGUCUGAGGGGUUGUAUGAAGAACUUUAAAGUUAACGCCAAGAGUAUAAUGAUAGCCGAUGCCACAGAGGUACAGGGAGUCACCACAUGCUAUAUUAACAUGGAACCUGGAGUGUUCAUGGAUAAAAACUCCUAUGGAGUCAUAGCCAGUAAUUAUGCAGUCGGUCGAGAAAUGAAGAUCGAGUUAGAAUUCCGAACUCACAAACCCAAUGGUGUAAUUCUGUCUAUCGCAGACAACCAGGCAGUUACUCUAGAGCUUCACCAAGGAAAGUUGAAAUUCUCCGUGUUCAAUGUCGCCCUAUUCACAGCAGAGUCUAAAAGCUCUGAGAGCAUCUGUAAUGAUCAGUGGCACUCUUUGGAAGCCACACUGAUUGGGAAUGUGGUGAAGCUGGUUCUAGAUGGUGGUCCCCCUCAAUAUGGCAGCAGCCAGGAUACAGCCAGAAAUGUCACCACCUCUUCUGCCCUGUUUGUGGGAGGGGUACCAGACUAUGCAGUUAAGCAGAUUGCCUCCUUUAACCAGAAAGAUGGAACAGCCGAGGGAUUUGAGGGCUGUUUACGCAACUUCAAGAUAGACUCCACCCCUGUAGACUGGUUCUCAUUGGUAGAACAGGAAAAUGUUCAGCGCACUGGAUGCCCUUAUUAAAAGUUUUUAAAAAAAAAAAUUAAAUAAUAUAAUAUUGUCUAACUUUUACCUCAGAAUAUUGUAUUCUUUUUAGUGUAAAUGAUUCUAAAUUAGUGCUAAACACUUCUCUGGAUACAUAGUAUCUUAAUUAUCAGUUCAAAGGAACUUAUUAAUGAUCAGAUAUUGACAAUAAGAUACACAAUGCAUAUAUCAAGCAUAUUUCACUGAUAUACCAAUUUGCAUAACUGUGAUUGGAAGAAAAAUGAAUCCAUUUUUUACACAAUAAUGGCAGUUUAUUUUGACCAUUCUUAUUUUGGUAUUAGAUCUGAAGUUUAUGAUUUUAUGGUGCUAAUUUUGUACAAUAAUUGUGAUUCUCUGUAUACUAGGUGUACAUGUAUUUAAUUUUGUGAUUUAGUUCAUCGUGAUCUCUGUGAAAGAUUUUUGUGUAAUGAUUAUAGAAUGAAUGGGCAGUGUUGUAUGCAUGUCAUAUUUGUUUACAUGUGUAUUAUAGGUUGUCUUCUUGUACAUGUAAAUCGGAUCAUUUCAGUUUUGUAAUGCCAUUCCCCUAUAAACAUAAAACAUAUCCUUAUCCUGAUUUUCCCCAUGUCCCUUACUCCAAGGGAAUGCUUAACUUUAUUUUAUUGUAAAUUAUAAUUAUUUAUGAAAAUAUAUAAUUCUUUUGUUUUCAAGAGGAUUGUAGAUGAAAUUUUUCAUAGCAUUUUUGUGCUUUUUUUUGCACACAAUGGAUUCAGAUUGAAAUAAAAUUAUAUAUAGCUUCAA